CACGUAGAAAAGAACAUGUCUACGCAUUUCGGGUCAAAGGAUGGAAUCCUCAUUCGCAUUAUGAAGCUGGAGGACUACGAGAAUUUGAAGGUCUUUAUGGGAGGGAAUUUCUACAACGGAGAACCGCUGUGUGCAUUUUCAGGAGAAGAUGUGCAACAAUGCUGUGAGAAAGAGGACAAUGAUUACCACAUAUCGAUGAUAGAGCAGGGCACGAGUCUAUUGGCAAUCAAUGAGAACGAUGGUGGACGCAUUGUAGGAUUUGUCCUAGCCGGGUCUCAACUUUCUAGUGACCUGGAGAAACAUCGAAAGGAAGCUGAUGAAAUGGAAAAACAUUCCUGGGGACGUAUUGCCGUGUUCCUGUCCGAAGUUGAGAGGAAAGUGAAUAUCUUUGAGCGCUACGGAGUCUCCAAGCUACUCUAUUCCCACAUGACUAAUGUGGAUGCCUCCAUGCGAGGAAAGGGCCUAGGUACUCGACUUGCUGCAGCUUUGAUGGAGUUGGGCCGAUCCAAGGGGUUUCCUUUGAUGGCAGCCUACUGCACCAGCUUUUAUUCGGCGCGUCAAAAGGAGUCCAUGGGUAUGGAGUGUAUCUAUGAGCACGCCUAUGCGGACUACAAGGAUGCUGAGGGACAAGUGGUAUUCAACCCACCAGCACCACAUACACAUGUUCGAGUUUUGGUUAUAAGUCUAUGAGCAACUGAUCUUUCAAUCUUGUUGAAUAUUUAAAUUAGCUAUGAGUUCAGAAUGCUAUCAGAGAGCUAAUUGAAUAGACAACCGCAGCUCUGAUUCUCACUUUUCAUCAAAUCAUUGUUAUUCAGCAUAAAUUUACGUAGAGGAACGACUAUUGUGAAAUAGUACUAUGCUGACUGACUGAUUACAUCAGCUUUUUUAAAAUACUUGUAAUAAAAUGUGUACAAUUUUGGUUAACUGAUUAAAAUAGAACAGAUCUUUUAAGUAAUGCAAA